AUGGACUUGGAGGAGGGGGAGUCCCGGCCAUCGGGCUCGGCGACGGCCGAGGUGGUGAACUCGAUCCGGGAGCGGACCAUUGCAGAGAACAGCAUGGUGGUGCUGCUGCAGGGGCUGCAGGGUCAGGUGACCACCGUGGACCUGCGGGACGAGAGCUCGGCCCGCGGCCGCAUCGUCAACGUGGACGCCUUCAUGAACGUCCGCCUGGAGGACGUGCUGUACCGGGACCGCCGGGGGCGGCCCAGCCGGCUGCAGGACCUGUUUAUCACCGGCAGGAACGUGCGCUACGUGCACAUCCCCGACCACGUGGACAUGAUGAAGACCAUGCAGAACCAGCUGGCCAAGAUCCACCGAGUACGAAACUUCGCCAGUGAAGGCGGCGGCAGGAAAGAGUUCGCCAAGAAGAAGAAGUGACUCGUUUCUGUUUCCUGAAACCAAACCGGUCGGUUCAGUGCCGGUUCUGCACCGGUUCAGUGUCUAAACCUGCAGCCUGAUUGAGAUGCUACACACUGGAGAUGGAGCUAAAUGUGUUCU